UGUCAACAAAGCACAGCAGUGGACGUCGCUGCUGUAAAAUUAUUUACGAUUAUUUUAAACUAAAAAUAUACUUUGAACUAGUAUUAUAAACAUAAAUUAGAUUUAUAUCAUCCAAAUAACAUAAACGACUUUGUUGACAUGUCAUAGCACGUUGCACAGUAUAAUUACACCUUCGCAAUGUUUCGAAAGUGAAUUCCUAUUCCUAACACAGUAAAAUAACUUGAAAAUGGGGAAAACAAGCAAAGUUGUCAUCUGUGGAAUGAAAGGGGUUGGCAAAACUGCUGUUUUGGAGCAACUUAUAUACGGAAAUGUGAAUUUAAAGUCUUGUUUUUACCCGACGAUUGAAGAUAUCUAUGUGGCAAAUAUAGAGACAGAUAGGGGGACUAAAGAGAGAGUCUGUUUCUACGACACGGCGGGACUGGAGCCCCCGCUUACAGGCGAGUUCAAAGGACCUCCUCAAUCCCCCACGAUGCAGCUGACAGCCAACCAAGUGCUCCAGCGACAUUACCUGGGCUUCGCUGAAGGUUUCGUUAUGGUGUAUGACACCACCAGACCAGAGUCGCUGGAUGUCCUCAUGUAUUUGAAGAAGGAUAUUGAUAGGAAUAAGGAUAAGAAAGAGGUAAUAAUGCUAGUUAUCGGCAACCGCACCGGUCCGGACGACGUCAACAGCCUAGAAAACACGUGCUCGAAAGCCUCAAACUGGUGCGCGCGGGAAAAGAUCCGCCAUUUUGAAGUCUCCGCCAUGGACCGCCCCUCGUUGUACGAACCAUUCAUCUUCAUGACAUCAAGACUCAACCCCGUACAAAAUAAAACAGCGUUCCCACAACUAAGUACGUUAAGCAAGUUGACCCAAAAAAAUAACAAAAGUGAAGCCAUGUAACGGUACGUUUUUAGUCUAUGCCCUUUCUGCUAUCAACCGUGAAGGUUGGUAGUCUUGUCUGUGGUUCGAAGCGAGCUGUCAAAAUUUUGGCGCGUAAUUUAAUAUGGUGCUUGUAGGUUUUUUGAUCGCUUUUUAAUGGAAUAGUAGUGCUUUAUACAAAAUUAUUGUAGAAUAUUUGAGAACGUAGAAGUUUACAAUAUUAUCUAUAUUUAUAUCAUCGACAUUUUCAAAAUGUUCAUUGUCUUUGGGACGACAACAACUUAAUGCAGACAAAUACAAGCUGUUGAUUUGCAUCCGUGCCAUAGUCAAGGACGUAAAUAUGCUAAUGAUUCUCGACCCAAAUCAACGAAAAAAUGGGUAGGUAAUUUUUUCAUGUUUUUUUCUUAUUUACGUAUAUCCGUCAGUGUAACCCAGCCGUACUUUAAUUCGGCGCGUGUGUUACUAGCCUUACUACCGCGCUGCGCACUCACACAAACGCAAACGAUACAUGCACAAAGCAUACGCAACGAUCGUUCAAUAAAAAUCGUAGAUCAUCCAGCCUACCCAAAUUCACCCAAUCACAGUGCGAGUACUCCCACACACUCGCCUCGCCGCCGCGCCGCUCCCCGCGUGCCCUUGAAGCCGGAACAAACAAGCGCCGACGGCAAGCAGUGUGUUUGAUGUCGCCGCCGCUGCUGCGUACGUGCGCUUUGAAUUCCGCGACGUGUAGGUACAAAGUGCGAGAUGACGGAAAACUACACGAACACGAGUUGGUGGCGAUGGUCCGCCUGUAUGCCAUCAGUGACAACAGUGUACUAACAGCCAUCCAUCCUCCGAGCCUUUUCCCAAUCAUGCUGGGGUCGGCUUCCAGUCUAACCGGAUUCAGCUGAGUACCAGUGCUUUACAAGAAGCGACUGCCUAUCUGACCUCCUCAACCCAGUUACCCGGGCAACCCGAUACCCCUUGGUUAUACUGGCUUCUGACUACCCGUUACGACUGCCAAGGAUGUGCAAUGACAGCCGUACAUACCUAUGUUCCGGGAAAUGUUUACCGACCGGGAACCCUCAUCACGGAGGGUCAUGCUGGUCAUGUGACAGACUUAUGUGCUAGGACCGUCAACUUAGUGCUUUCGACACAAUAA